UGAAUUGAAACAACAAAAUAUAGCAUAUUUUUUAUUAACCUUAAAUAAGUGAUAGAAAGAAGAAGGUGAAGGUUACAUGAAAGUUAAAAAUAGUGCAAUUUAAUUUUUAAUUAUUAUUUUUACAUAAAUAAUAUUCAUUUUAAGUUCCGUGUUUUGUUUUAUUCCGCGCCCAAAAUUGAUAUUACUUGAUUUUCUUGCUUCGAAUUAAUUUCAACAAUUGAGAGAAAUACAUACAUUUUUUAUUGAAAUUUUUUUUAACUACACAAGAUGACUGAAACGAAGAAAACUCCAACAGCUCUAAGAUUUGUUUUUAGUGGUUUAUCAGGGAUGGGCGCGACAUGUAUAGUUCAGCCUCUAGAUUUAGUUAAAACACGUAUGCAAAUUCAAGGAGUUGGUGGUGCAGCAAGAGAAUACAAAAAUUCCUUACAUUGUAUAUCAACCAUUGUUAGUAAAGAAGGACCCUUAGCAUUAUAUAAAGGUAUUGGUGCUGCAUUAUUACGACAAGCUACAUAUACUACAGGACGUAUAGGUGUAUAUACAUUUUUAAAUGAUUAUUAUAGACAAAAUUAUAAAGGUGAACCAAAUUUAUUAUCAAGUAUGGCUAUGGGUAUGAUAGCUGGAGCAUGUGGAGCGUUUAUCGGAACUCCAGCCGAAGUAGCUCUAAUUAGAAUGACUGCUGAUGGUAAAUUACCACUUGCAGAAAGAAGAAAUUAUACGAAUGUUGUGAAUGCAUUAGCAAGAAUAACUACAGAAGAGGGUGUUACAGCAUUGUGGCGAGGAUGUACGGCAACAGUUGGACGAGCUAUGGUUGUUAAUAUGGUGCAAUUAGCAUCAUAUUCGCAAGCAAAAGGCUAUUUUGCACAAAUUUUUGAAAUGCAAGAAGGUAUAAAAUUACAUUUUUCGGCUAGUAUGGUGUCAGGAUUUUUAACAACAGCUGCUUCAAUGCCAGUUGACAUUGCCAAAACUAGAAUUCAAAAUAUGAAAAUCACUGACGGCAAGCCUGAAUAUCGUGGUACCAUUGAUGUUUUAGCAAAAGUUGCAAGACAUGAAGGAAUAUUUGCUUUAUGGAAAGGUUUUACUCCAUACUUUUGCCGUUUAGGACCACAUACAGUGUUGACAUUUAUAUUCCUGGAACAAAUAAAUCAAAUUUAUUCAAAAUAUGUGUUAGGAUCAACUAGUGGCGGAUCAGGACUAUAAACAUUUCAAUAAUUUUUCAAUAAUUAAAAUCAAAACGGACAACUAAACAAAAUUACAGCGAUAUAUGAAAUUAUGUUGUUACAAUUUUUUUUUUUUUCACAUUUUUUUUUUUGCAAAUUUAUUACGCUGUUGUUACUGUAUUAAAAAAAUUUUAUAAGUUAUGUUAACAAUUUAUACAAAAAAAAAAUGUAUAAAUUUGUAUGAAUAUAAUUAUAGUUUUUGUUAUUUUCACAUUCUUAAGAGAUGUGAAAAAUAUUUAGAAUUUUUAAUAUUAAAAUUUUGUAGCUGCCAAAAUGGAGCUUAGUUUAAUUUUGUUGUUAAAAUAACAACGCCACGCAAAAUUAUUGUCACCUAUUCUUUUGAAUGAAAUUUCCAAAGCAUUUAAUUGA